UGAGGAUGGUCUAGACAGAUAACAUAUCUCUUUGCUAGGACAGAGGCAGUUGUGAUUAAUCUUUAACUUACAUGUCAAGUGACUCUCCACGCUAGUGUAUAAAAUGGAGAAAAUUCUGUUGAUCUGUCCGCAGCGAAGAGGACAUUAACGGGCGGUGAAGAUGCGCACUUUCUUUGCAAGUUGCACUAUUGCGGCAUUGCUGCUGGCUGCCUGCCUGGCAGACCACCACCACCAGUCUGGGGGGGACAUGAGCUGCCACAUGCUGUCCCCUCACAAUGCUGAUUUUGGCUUUGCCCUUUAUAAAACUCUGAAUGCCAAAGCAGAUGCCGGAAAGAACAUCUUCUUCUCCCCGCUGGGCAUUUCCUCCGCCCUGUCCCUGCUGUCCACGGGUGCCGCUGGUGAGACCCACAGCCAGAUCUUUGCCACCCUGGGCUACGGUGGUCAUGAGCAGGCUAAGAUUGACGAAGCAUACAAGCACCUUUUCCACACGCUCGAACACAACCAGGAGUCCCAUCAGCUGGAUAUCGGCAAUGCAGUCGCCGUGCACACGGGCUUCACUCCUGCUGCGUCGUUCAUGAAGGCUGCCAAGGAAUCGUACUCUUCAGAGGUCCUCAAAGUCGACUUCGGCAAACCUCAAGAGGCUGCGGCCGAGAUCAACACGUACAUUGCUGGCAAAACCAACAACAAGAUUAAAGACCAGGUGAAGGACUUGGAUGCUGACAUGGCGAUGAUGCUGAUUAACUACGUGUACUUCAGAGGACAUUGGGAGAGACCCUUCAACAGCUCGCUGACAGGGAAGGCCGACUUCCACGUAGACGAGAACACCAAAGUGGAGGUAGACAUGAUGAAGAGGAUGGGUCGCCAUGACUUUCAUUACGACCAUGAAAACGGCACCUCCGUCCUCAUGCUGCCAUACAAAGGCAACACCUCCAUGAUGAUCAUCCUGCCUGACGAAGGCAAGAUGAAAACAAUAGAAGAGCACAUCACCAAGGAAUCCAUCAAGCACUGGCAUGACUCUCUUCACAGACAAUCUGUGGACGUUUUCUUGCCCAAAUUUGCCAUUGCCACCGACGCUGCCCUGGACACCGCACUGAAAGAAAUGGGGAUAACUGCUGCAUUCGGAGACACCGCCGAUUUGUCCGGCAUAUCCCAGGAUCUGAAGCUUAAAGUAUCUAAGGCAUCCCAUCAGGCGGUCCUGAGCGUGGAUGAAACAGGGACAGAGGCUGCGGCCGUCACCACCUUGGAGGUCAUUCCCAUGAGCAUGCCCAUCAAGAUGACCAUGGACAGACCCUUCUUGGUCUUCAUCCUGGAGGAUUCCACCCAAAGCAUCCUCUUUAUGGGCAAGAUCAAUAACCCUGCAGCUCAUUAGAUGAAGACGUGUAGCAUGUUUUCAUCUUUUUUUUUUGUAUUUUGCUAUGAAUUCAAUACGUAAAGACAUUGGAUUCCAUAGAAUACAACUUACCAAAAGGUCACACUCAUCAGUUGUCCAAAAAACAUCAACGGUGCUGUCCAGCAAACUACGAGUGGUCAAUAAAGUCAUGGUUAUGUCCAUAACUGUUUGCGACUCAAUGAUCAAAUGAUGGUUUUCUUUCCCCUUGAUGAAAUAAAGACUCACUAUCAACAA